AUGAUUGUGGGACAUCUGGAUAAAGAAGUCCAGCAGGAAGAUCUUAGUGGAUGUCUGGAGGUUGUUCAAGAGAGCCAUGGGACUCGAGCAGACAUCUGCACAGCUGCGAGAGUUAAAGGAGUACAGACAGAGCUGUCUUUACACAAAGCCAGAUUAUAUGGCCAAGAAAAGGAUGUAACUUCGAGUCUGUUUCUAGAGUGCUGGAAACACAGUACCGACAAUGAGAACACUGGACAAGGGAUCAGGAAAUCAGGCUUUAGUAGUAUGACUUAUGAGUUGUUGGUCAUCUCUAACCUCUCUGAGAUAGACAUUGUUCACCUCUUUUGUAAAAUAGUCCUUAGUCAUGGUGCUGACAAUUCUGAUUGCAAGACUACUUUUGCUGAAGAAAAUCUGAGUUGUCACGGUGUUCAGGAUGAGGCUGUACCAACAGCGAUCACAGAGUUUGAGCAUCUAAAGGCUUUUGAUGAUGAAGUCAAUGCUUUUUUGGACAACAUGUUUGGACCUCGAGAUUCUCGAGUCAGAGGAUGGUUCAUGUUGGACUCUUACCUUCCUACCUUUUUUCUUACUGUCAUAUAUCUACUUUCAAUAUGGCUGGGCAACAAAUAUAUGAAGAACAGAAAAAAAAAGGGUAUCCUUACCUUGUAUAAUCUCGGAAUCACACUUCUCUCCAUGUACAUGCUGGCAGAGCUUAUUCUCUCCAGUUGGGAAGGAGGCUACAACUUACAGUGUCAGGAUCUUGCCAGCGCAGGGAAAGCUGACAUCCGGGUAGCCAAGGUGUUAUGGUGGUACUACUUCUCCAAAUUAGUAGAGUUCCUGGACACCAUUUUCUUUGUUUUGCGGAAAAAAACCAGUCAGAUUACUUUUCUUCAUGUAUACCAUCAUGCCUCUAUGUUUAACAUCUGGUGGUGUGUUUUGAACUGGAUACCUUGUGGACAAAGUUUCUUUGGACCCACUCUGAACAGUUUUAUCCACAUUCUUAUGUACUCCUACUAUGGACUGUCUGUGUUUCCAUCGAUGCACAGGUAUCUUUGGUGGAAGAAAUACCUCACACAGGCGCAACUGGUGCAGUUCGUGCUCACCAUCACCCACACCAUGAGUGCUGUCGUGAAACCAUGUGGCUUCCCUUUCGGGUGCCUCAUCUUCCAAUCUUCUUACAUGCUUACACUAGUCAUCCUGUUCUUAAAUUUUUAUUUCCAGACAUACCGAAAAAAGCCAAUGAAGAAAGAGAUGGAAGAAUUACCAGCAGGGAAAGAAGUUAAGAAUGGUUUUUCCAAAGCCUACUUCACAGCAGCUAACGGAGUAAUAAACAAGAAAGUACAAUAAACAGCGAAUAACAGACUAAGCAUA